UGUCAUAUAUUCUGAAUUCUCUAAUUCUCUUCUUGGGAAAGGUAAACUGUUAAUUGAGACUCCGUUUGUUAAGGUUUCAAGACACAUAUGGUAUGGAUUUAAGGGGUCUAGGCUAUGCACUGUGUAGUAGCUAAAAGCAAUGGGGAGAAGGAAAUAUAUCUGUGCACCCUUCUUUUGUCUGACCAGGUUGAAGGCUUUGCAUUAUUCCUCAUUCGGAUUCAUUUUUCUCCUACUCUAGAUCACUAAAGGGGAGGGCAAUAACGAUUCACUUCCAUGAAUUGUUUGUUACUCACUGUAAAUAAUCCCAUCAAGCUCAAUAAAGUAAAGCUCAAACUAGUCAAAUUCGCCUCAACGGCAAUUGCUCGACUAAACCAAUGUUCUUUUUCUCAGAGUGAUGAUGAACAAAUUACCACCUCCUUCAACACAACUUCACACGUUCAAUUUAACCCAUCAAAGGUGAUCCAAAUCUUAGAAAGUCUUCGAAGGGAACCCAACAGUGCCUUUUCCUUUUUCCAUAAAUUGGAGGAACGGGGCUUUCGUCAUAACAUCUCUACUUAUGCAGCUCUCAUUAGGAUAUUGUGCUCUUGGGGUUUGGAGAGAAAGCUUGACUCUCUGUUCUUGAAUCUUAUUGGCUCCGAGAAAACAGAAUUUGAUAUUUUAGAUUUGCUCGAAUCACUUAAUCAAGGAUAUGUGAUGGAUGGCUCAUUCAUUCGAGCAUACGAUGCGUUGAUCAAGGCUUAUGUUAGUGUUAGCUUAUUCGAUAGUGCUGUGGACUUACUUUUUCGAUCAGAAAGGAAGGGAUUUGUUCCACAUAUUUUUACUUGUAAUUUUCUCUUGAACCGCCUUAUCGAGCAUGGGAAAUUGAAUAUGGCUCUAACUGUGUAUAAGCAGUUGAAGAGGUUUGGUUUUCAUCCUAAUGAUUAUACUUAUGCUAUUGUAAUAAAAGCACUCUGUAAAAUGGGUAAUAUGGAAGAAGCUAUAGAUAUUUUUGAGGAGAUGAGUGAAGCUGGGGUGGUCCCAAAUGCCUUUGCUUGUACUGCAUAUAUUGAAGGGUUGUGUACCCACCGUUGUUCAGCUUACGGGUAUCAGUUGCUACAAGAUUGGAGAGCAGCACAGGCCCCGAUAGAUGUGUAUGCUUACUUUGUAGUAAUUCGUGGAUUUUGUGAAGAGAUGGAAGUAAACAAGGCAGAAAAUGUUUUUCUCGAUAUGGAGAAGUAUGGAGUAGUUCCAGAUGCACAAACUUAUGGAGUGUUGAUCAAUGGUUAUUGCAAGAUGUUGAAGUUACAAAAGGCUUUGUCUCUUCACAGUUUCAUGUUGUCAAAAGGUAUAAAAACAAAUUGUGUGAUUGUUAGCUCUAUUCUUCAAUGCUUGAUAAGGAUGCAAAUGUAUUCAGAAGUAGUGAACCAAUUUAAAGUAUUUCAGGAUGAGGGAGUGUUUUUCGACAAGGUUGCCUACAAUAUUGUUGUUCAUGCCUUGUGUGAACAAGGGAAAUUGGAAGAAGCUAUGGAGUUGUUAGAAGAUAUGACAAGUAGACAGAUCCAGAUGGAUGUUGUUCAUUAUACAACAAUGAUUAAAGGUUUUUUUGUCCAAGGAAAAAUUUAUGAAGCAAUGACGAUGUUUGAGAAUUUGAAGAAAAAUGGUAUUGAGCCUGACACCAUCACUUAUAAUGUGCUCGCUGCUGGAUUAUCUAGAAAUGGUCUUGUGUCUGAGGUGAAAGACCUUCUAGACUACAUGGAUGAACAUAGUUUGAGAGAAGACCCUAAGAUAUCCAACCUGAUAAUUGAAAAUUUAUGCAUAGGAGGCAAAGUGAAAGAAGCGACUGAAAUUUUCAAUAGUUUAGAAGUAAAGACUGUAGAUAGCUAUUCUGCCAUGAUUAAUGGGUAUUGUGCAGCCAACCGUAGUAAAGAUGCAUAUGAACUUUUUGUUAAUUUGUCCAAGAAAGGAGUUCUUUUAAAAAAAAGCUCCCUCUUUAGGCUAGUUAGUAGCCUUUGCAUGGAUGAUUCUAACGACAGAGCUAUUAAGGUGAUUAAAAGACUUUCAAUUAUCAACGUGGAGGCUAAUGAAAUUGUGUACAAUAAAGUCAUAGCUUCUCUUUGUCGAGCUGGAAAUAUGAAGAUGGCCCAAUGUUUAUUUGAUUGUUUAAUUUGUGCUGGGUUAACUCCUGAUCUCAAGACUUACACAACGAUGAUAAAUGGUUAUUGCAAGAUUAAUUUUUUGAGGGAAGCUUAUGAACUUCUGUGUGAUAUGAAGAUUCGAGGGAGGAAACCUGAUAUUUUCAUCUAUACAGUUUUGCUUGAUGGUCAAUUUAAAACCAGAUUACGAGGGCUUUGCUCCUCAGUAGAUUUAAGGGGAGCGAAGCAAGAAACGGCUUUUACUUCCACAAUUUUUGAUGAAAUGGAGGACAUGAAGAUUACUCCAGACGUUAUUUGCUACACUGUAUUGAUUGAUGGGUAUUGUAAAAUGAACAAUCUUAAUGAUGCUAUUGUCCUCCUUGAGAAAAUGGUUGAUCAAGGAAUAAUGCCUGAUACAGUGACAUAUACCACCCUAGUGUCUGGCUUUUGUAGAAGUGGGGAUGUAGAGAAGGCUGUAACUCUAUUUGAUGAUAUGUUAUCUAAGGGAGUUCUACCUGACGCAUUUUUCAUCUCUGUUGUCUCACGGUAUUCUAAAAUCCAAGAAAAUGCAAUUUAGAACACAAGCACGUUGCUGGAUAACAGUGAAUAGCAUUGGUCUUUGAAUU